AUGGCGGUUUGGCUCCAGGCUGGCGCGCUGUUCUUCUGGCUGGCAUUCUACACUGCAGGAACCAAUGCCAUGGGACCCCAAUACCUGUGUGGUUCUCACCUGGUUGACGCCCUGUACCUAGUCUGUGGCCCAAACGGGUUCUUCUACAACCCUAAAAGAGAGGCGGAUCCUCUGCUGGGGUUCCUUCCCCCUAAAUCUGCUCCGGAGGGCGAGUUGGCUGAAUACCCAUAUAAAGAUUACAGUGAACUGAUGGUUAAAAGAGGCAUUGUGGAGCUGUGCUGCCAUAAACCCUGCACCUUACAUGACCUGCAAAACUACUGCAACUAA